AUGGCCGAAACUGUUAAACGAAAAUCGAGGAAAAGCUCUUCAGCAUCUUCCACAGACGAUAAUCUUUCCCCAGAUGGCAAAAAGUUAAGACACGACGCUUCGCUCUCAGAUUCCGAACUGUGUGAAUCGGACGAAGUGUUAUCUAUACUGAAUAUGGCGGGGGAAGUUAUCCCGAAACUUGAACAAGUGUUGGAAAAACUUGAGAAUUUGGAACGGUAUGUAAAAGCAGUUGAUGAAAAAGUUAGUAAUUUGCAGGCAAAGGUGGAUUGUUUCGAGGCUUUCAAAAACAAAACAGAAAAAAAGAUCAAAGAACUGGAAGACGGAUUGGAUUUUGCGAACACGGAACGCGAGUCUUUCAAGGAGAAAUUUGACAAGCUGAAAUGCGAAAUUAAUCAGCUCCGGGACGAGAAACUAUACAUGGAAGUUUAUCAGCGGCGGGAAAAUCUUCGUUUUUUCGGAAUUAAAGAAGAAGCCGAUAUGGAGGAGGAUGCGAGAGAGGUUUUGGUUGGAUUCCUUAAAACAGAGCUUGGUAUGGAAAAUGCAGACCAAAUCGAAUUCCAAAGGGUCCAUCGUGUUGGAAAGCGUGUUUCUUCCAGUGGUAAACCUCGACAAAUAAUCGCACGUUUUUUGAAAUAUCCUCAAAGAGAAGAAGUUAUGUCCAAUGCUAGAAAGCUAAAAGGAAAAAACUUUGGAAUUUCGCCGGACCUUCCAAGUGAAAUUUUGGAAAGAAGAAAGAAGAAGAUGAAGCAAUUUAAACAAGCGAAAAAGGACGGUAAGACCGCUUUUUUCAGUAGAGCGGAGCCAGAUAAAUUGUUUAUUGACGGUGUUGAGAUGUAA